GUAUAUUAUGUUCGCGUUAAAGUCGUCAGUUGACUGUAAAAGUCAGCCCUUCUCGCAGAAGUCCAAUAUGUACUUUCCAGAGUUAUAACACGGCAGUGAACCGAAUACGAUAAUUCAUCAGUAUCCAUACAUUAUUCCUGAAAAUGGAUACCUUUGAAAGUGAUGUACGCUGAGUGACUUUUGAAGAAAACAGGUAUGUCUUACAGCGGAUAUGGUCACGUGGCUGAUUCUUGUCCUCUCAGUAAAACAGAGUUUACUGCAGCAGCGACCAGACUGAACUGUAACGUGGAUAAGUUUGGACGGAAUCCGUAUACAUGUGUACCUAAGCUUGACUUGACGGCAUUAGUAGAAUUCUGCUACAAUUCCACUGUGGCAUUCUACCCGAAAGGUCAUUGUCUAUGGGUACAAAAUGAUGGAAAUCUGAACUCUAUCAACUGUAGUCAGUUUACGGAGGGUUGUCCAAAGGACCAUUACAGAGGAAACGAACUAUAUAAAUUUCCAGCUUGUCACCAAAUCAAUACAGAACACAGAUGUUUCUAUGCAAAUCCUUCCUGUCCAAAUCAAACGAGAACCUUUGCUACUAAGGAUGGAAUUAUUCCUACAACAUUGAUGAACGUCCUCAAUACAACAACGAAUAUAACAAGUACACUUACCCCGCCUGUAGAACAAGGAUCCACCGAUGUCGGGGUGAUCAUUGGAAGUAUCGUGGCCGUCGUUUUUGUACUUUGUAUUUUACUAGCACUCAUAUUCUUGAGACGAAGGAGAAAAAAGAAGGAAUACUUAAGCGUAUCCAGAGAAGAUCCAGAGCCGGUCCAUUGGGACAAAGAUCCAGAGCAGGUCGAAAUUGUCCACGACUCAGAAUUGGAUGAUAAAAACAAAGAUCCAGAGCAGGUUGAAAUUGACGAAGAUCCAAGGUUGGAUCAAUUUAAUUUGUCUAUUUCGUUAGCUUUCCGAAGCUCGUUUUUGUGUCAACUGACUAUUAUUAUGAUGAAAUAACAAUAUUUUGAGUGAUAAUGUCAUUUAUUGAAACAAAUGACAACAGAGAAAAAUACAUCAUAGUUCAUCUUUUUUUUUACAAAAUUAAUUGACUGGGAUCACUUUAUAAUAAAAAAAAAAUAGAACUAGAUUUGCAACUGCGCAAAUAAAGAUAUAUACAUUACACAGAUUGAUCGCAGUCAAUAUGCAACUAAAACAUUAAUGGUGUCAAAAAGGCGCCACACAAAAAAGGCCACCAAGCAAUUAGACAUACAACGAGGUGCAUGUAAUUGCUGCGCCACCCAAGGAAUACCAUAUGAAAAAUAAUGAAAGUAUCCCGAUCAAAUGAUAAAUAUGGCUAAUUGAAUAUAAGAUAGAUAUGUUGUAAUUAUCUAUAGUAAGAUAAAUUAGACAAUAAUAAAUACUAGGAUCCAUAAUAAGAUAUAGCUUAUACAAGAUGAAUUGAGCUGAGGGCAAACCAGUCAAAAUGCAAACGUAGUGAUGGAAAACUUCUGAACUGCUUGGAGAAGGGAACUUAUUUAAAAUUUCACAGAACUUACAACAAAAAUGAUCAGCAGACAACUUCUGACAUGUUCCACAUACGAAAUGUUAUCUAGAUCUAUAUACCAACUCUAAUGAGCAGCAGAGAAAUUCUGACCUGCUCCAUAUAUGAAAUGCUACCUACAAAUCCGGAACAGGUAUCAGUUAUUCUUCAAAUGAACUCUGGGAAGUUUUUUGAGUAGGUAUAUAAACAAUAUGAUAUAUCUAACUGCUUUUCCCAGGCACGUAGAAUCGUACGGGGGUGGGGGUGUCCCACUUUAUUUUCUCAAUGUUCAAUAUUUGUUAUUUUCAUAAGCGAAUACAGAUAUAUUGGGUGACCCCCCACUCUUUUUGAUAGAACUUUGAAUGAUGACAUUGAAUGUAAACUUGAAAAUCAUC